AGAGCGGUGGUCGAAGGUGAAAGGUCACGCUUCUGUGGGGCGGCCAUUUCUCUCGCUCCGUGCCUCGGGCCUUGCUGUCGCUAGUCCAGUCACGAGGGACGGACGACCGCUGGGUCGGCGGCGAGUCGCCUGCAGCAUCUGCCCGUAGUCGCGAUGAGUUUACCCCUCAAUCCCAAGCCUUUCCUCAAUGGAUUAACAGGAAAGCCAGUCAUGGUGAAACUUAAGUGGGGAAUGGAGUACAAGGGCUACCUGGUGUCUGUGGAUGGCUAUAUGAACAUGCAGCUUGCAAAUACAGAAGAAUACAUAGAUGGAGCAUUGUCUGGACAUCUGGGUGAAGUUUUGAUAAGGUGUAAUAAUGUCCUUUAUAUCAGAGGUGUUGAAGAAGAGGAAGAAGAUGGGGAAAUGAGAGAAUAAUGUCUUUGGGGGGACUUUUUUUAUAUGUAUAUUUCUAGACAAUAAAAGUUUGUUUGUUUUUCAGUGUGA